AGUCUAAGCUGAGAACUCAUCAGUGUUUAGAGAUCCCAACCUAGCUCUCACAACUGUGCCAAACACAGAAGAUGGCACAGUGUCAUGGGAAGUUUAAGGCCUUCAAGAACAGCAGAUGGCUUGUGUUUGUGUGUGCAAUGUGGAUUCAGUCCUUUGCAGGAAUUGGGUACUUGUUUGGGAGCAUAUCUCCUGUGAUAAAGAGCACUAUGGGGUACACCCAGAGGGAGCUGGCAAUUCUGGGAGUGGCCAAGGACUGGGGUGAUGCUAUUGGAUUUGUUGCCGGAUACUUAUCGGAGAUUUUACCAAGUUGGGGGCUUUUGGUCAUUGGAGCAGUGCUCAACUUUCUUGGAUAUGGAUUGCUUUGGCUUAUAGUCUCACAAAAGAUUGCUGCUUUGCCUUUGUGGGUGCUUUGCAUUGCUAUAUACGUGGGAACGAAUGGAGAGACCUUCUUCAACACAGCAGCCUUGAUUUCGUGUGUGCAGAACUUCCCCAAAAGCCGGGGACCUGUUGUGGGGAUUUUGAAAGGAUACGCCGGUUUAAGUGGUGCAAUAAUAACUCAGAUUUAUGCAAUGUUCAAUUCCCCAAAUGAAGCGUCAUUGCUUUUUAUGAUUGCAGUUGGACCAUCAAUGGUUGUCAUUGCUCUAAUGUUCAUUGUUAGGCCUGUGGGAGGUCACAGACAAGUCAGGCCAGGUGACAAGGCAGGAUUCACGUUUACAUAUAGUGUUUGCCUUGUUCUGGCAGCUUAUUUGUUGGGAGUUUUGAUACUUGAAGAUUUGUUUGACUUGAGCCAAACUUUGAUCACAUUACUUGCGGCCAUUUUAGUCGUUUUCUUGGUGCUUCCGAUUAUCAUCCCCAUCAUAUUGAGUUUCUUCUCUGAACCAAAGCCUUUACUUCAGGAGAGCCUUAUUGAUGUGCAGAGAGAAGAUGAAGGGAACAAAUCUGAGAAUGAGGUCAUUUUUAGUGAGGUGGAAGAUGAGAAGGCUUCAGAUGUAGAUUCUCUUCCGUCAUCAGAAAGACAAAAACGAAUUUCUCAGCUUCAAGCUAAACUGUUCCAAGCAGCUGCAGAUGGAGCAGUGAGGGUCAAGAGGAGAAAAGGUCCCCAUAGAGGAGAGAAUUUCACCUUGAUGCAGGCAUUGAUAAAGGCCGAUUUCUGGCUCAUAUUUGUUUCUCUAUUGCUUGCUGCUGGAUCUGGCUUGACAGUUAUUGACAAUUUGGGUCAGAUAGUUUUGUCACUUGGGUACACUGAUACAAGUAUCUAUGUCUCCAUGAUCAGCAUUUGGAACUUCCUCGGACGUGUUGGUGGUGGCUACUUCUCUGAGAUUAUCGUAAGAGACUAUGCCUACCCAAGACCAGUGGUAAUGGCUGUAGUUCAGGUUAUCAUGGCAGUUGGGCUUUUCUACUAUGCUGUGGGGUUGCCGGGGCAAAUAUAUGUGUCCACUGUGCUGAUAGGACUAGGGUAUGGUGCUCACUGGGCAAUUUUGCCAGCUGCAGCUUCAGAGCUGUUUGGCUUGAAGAGUUUCGGGGCCCUCUAUAAUUUUCUUACAAUGGCAAACCCUGCUGGUUCUCUUAUAUUCUCAGAAGUGAUUGCUAGUGGUAUAUAUGACUACUAUGCAGAAAAACAAGCUACACUCAGACACCAAAAUCCAAGCUCAAUGCUUCUUAAACCCCUCGGGGAUGAUGAUGACCUCUCUUGUGAAGGUACUAUAUGUUACUCCAUCACUUUUGGAAUCCUAUCAGCACUAUGCAUUGUUGCAGCAGGAUUAAGCAUGAUUGUAGUUUAUCGAACGAGGAGGGUUUACACCCAACUCUAUGGGAAUCCGAACAAUUGAGAUGCAAUAACAAGAGCAGGUGGAUAUUUCUACAGUCAGCUAGCAAAAUUAUUUUUUGAAAGCUUCUCAUCCUUGUGAUCUGGAGGAGUACUGUUAGCUGAAGUCUGAGCAGACAUUUUUGCUUCACCGAUUGCCAAAAAAGUCGUACCAGCCCCGGAGCACAUCUCAAUAACUAUCUCUCAGUUCAUUAUAUAUCAGAACAUUCAUUACAAUAUGCCAGUACAAACAUUACAUUACAAUUCAAUGAGAAAUGAAUAAUGUUUCAAAUCAAUUUUUUCCUUUCUGGUUUCUUGACAUGUAAGCAACCCAGUUACA